ACUGCCGGGAUCCUCAAGGGCAGCGAGGCGGGCAUGGGACAGUGGUUAACCAGCUUUGACUUGCCCGCUUUAGGCACAUCUAAUUUCUAUACGUCUGUUGUGUAUAAUUGAAAACAUACGCAUAGUUCACUACAGCAAGUUUGGCAGCAUUAUUGAGCACCACUGUAAUGAACCUGUUAAUAACUUGGCUUCUUAUUGCAGGAGCCUCGUACAUUUAUAGUGAUAUCUUACUGGCCGUGUUGCGCGCUUGUGUUGUAGACAUUCUGCUAAGCAGUCCGAGCACAAUGCCAGAAGAGGGGUCUGAGAGGUCAACGCCUCAGGGGGUCCCCUACAAAGAUAUCCCGCAUAUCAUCAACGCGGAUGGACAGUACUUGUUCUGUAGGUACUGGAUACCGGACAGUCAACCAAGGGCACUUGUCUUCAUCGCACACGGUGCAGGGGAGCACUGUGGAGGCUACAGUGAUUUGGCCCAGAAAUUCACAGAACAUUCCAUACUGGCAUUCACACAUGAUCAUGUGGGUCAUGGGCAGAGCGAGGGAGACCGGAUGGUGAUCUCUGACUUCCACAUCUUCAUCAGGGACACCUUACAGCACAUUGACAUCAUGAAGAAGAACCACCCAGGCCUGCCUGUGUUCUUAGUGGGACAUUCCAUGGGAGGAGCUAUCUCCAUCCUGACUGCAUGUGAGAGACCGACUGAGUUUGCCGGCCUGGUGUUGAUCUCACCGAUGGUCGUCUUGCAUCCAGAAUCAGCGACCCCUUUUAAGGUGUUCCUUGCCAAGCUUCUGAAUCAUUUGCUACCAAGCCUGAGCUUGGGGAUCAUAGACUCCAAAUGGAUCUCUCGAGAUGAGAAAGAGGUUGAAGCAUAUGAUAACGAUGAGCUGAACUACCACGGAGGGAUGCGCAUCUCCUUCGGGAUGCAGUUAAUGAGAGCCGUUGCCAACAUCGAGAAAGCCCUGCCUGACAUCUCCUGGCCUUUCCUGCUGCUUCAUGGAAACGCAGACAAACUCUGCGAUAUCAGUGGCUCACAGCUGAUGUACGAAAAAGCACAGAGCCAAGACAAAGCACUGAAGGUCUAUGACGGUGCUUACCAUGCUCUGCACAAGGAUCUGCCCGACACGGCCAGCUCUGUUCUCAAAGAGCUCAGCAGCUGGAUUCUCCAGAGACUGCCAGAAAGAAACCCAGUCCAAUCCUAAACACAACCGCAUGACGCUUUUUCAGCAUGUAGGAUUUCCUUGCAUUCACCUUACUGUUAUAUAUUGAAACUGGCAGCUAUUCACACCACUCUGUAUAUAGUUUUUCAUAUAGAGUGGAUUUACUAAUACAUGUGGUGUCAGUCUGAGUGGGACAUGGCAUAGCUUUGUGUUUGGAAAGGAUCGCGAAGGGAACUCGCAAGACUAGCAUGUUCAGACUGGACCAAGUGUGUAUUAACUAGCUUUAAGCCUUUUAUGUUCUUAUAAAAGUUGUUUUAGCCUUGGAAACAUAGCCUUUAUGGUACUGUUUUGCUAAACACACAAGUUGAAAAAUGCUUGCAGUGAAAAUUAGACACAAGUAUACAUCUGAAUGACCUUGAGGUGUCUCAGUGGCCAGUAUAACAUGUGAAGGUCAAUUCAAUGGCUUUGAUUAUGUGUCAGAUACAGCAGGAACUCAAUGUUCCAAGAGCAAACUUUAUACCGGUAAUUGUAUGAAGACAUUGAUGGUCUAACUGUUUCUCCAAAGUGUAACAAGUACAUCUAAAAUAUAAUAAUAAACUAAAUAAUACUUUGAAUUUAGAGAUACAUGCAGGAAACUACAUUUUUUUCCUUAGUUAUACAUGGCUGGUUUCACAGCCCCUGAUUAUCAUUAAACUUGGACUCCCUUACAAAAGUUUCCCAUAGUAAAAGCACAGCAAAGCAUAGUGAAAGCAUGGCAAAGUAUAGGUAAGCAUUGU